CAUAUGUAUAUACAUACCAUGAAUGUUCAACAGAAACACUAUUCAUCUCUAUCUGUUUUGCAAGAACGUGGACUUUGUUAAUUUUUCAACUUGAUUUUUAAUGAUUAGACACGACUCAAUUUACGGACGGUUUUCCCUAGCAAAUGUCAAGACCUGUUUAUAUGAUCGUAUCGUGGCUUUUAUACUCCAGGGAUAAUAACUCACAAUUUAGCUUGGAAUUCCCCAAGUUCCUGAACGGCCACACAAUAGUACCAACCAAUCAGAAUUAAGACACUAGUGAAUUUUACUAGAUGUAUCCAACUUGAUUUUAUUUUCCAAUCUAUGUAGAAUUCAUAUGUAAUGUAUUACGCAGUAUUAUUUUGUAGCAUACUAAAAUUAGGUUAUAUUUUGAUGUUUGGAAUUUUAAAAUAUUAACAGAAAGAUAGUAAAAUGUCAAGGAAGAAACAUAAUGUGUCGUAUAUUAAGCCGAAUGAGCCAAAAUUUUUACGCGAAUUAAAGGAACAAAUCGGAUACAAGGAAGGACCUACAAUUGACACAAAGAGAGAAGUAUUACCACAAUAUUCAGACAAUGAAGAAGAACAUGAAGAAGACAAGCCUGUUGUAGUUGUAUUAAAUUCUGAACACUUGAGUGCAGAACAAGCAGAAGCAUAUAAGAAAAAGAAAGGAGAAGAGGAAGCUAAUACUCCAGCAGAUUUAUCUAAAAGAAUUAUAUUCAAGAAAAACAAAAUAACAGAGGCAGAAUCAGAUAAAGCAGAUAAACCAUUGAAAAAGAAAAUUAAAAAAUCAAAACAAGAGAAAGUUGUAUUAUCAUUUAGUGAUAAUGAUGAAGAUUACUCGUAACAUUGCUUAUGUAUGCCAAACGCAUUUAUAAUUAAAAUAUAUAAAAUAAAAAUGACUGUACAAGAUCU